UAAGCUACUGAUGGAGCCACAGCUGCCAUGGGGCAGACAGACACGCCUACGCCCCCGACCAUUAUCUUACACAUUCAUGCACCAGUGGAGCCACACUGGAAGCAGGGAGGGUAAAGCGUCUUGGGGAUCGAACCGGAAGGGUCUUCAAUCAUCGCUCAACCACCUGAGCCAAACAGCUCUAAUAAAUUUCAAACGUUUUCCCCAUGAGAUUACACUCCAAUCCAGCAGGGGGCGGUAAUGCGCAUGUGUAAAAACCCGGAAGUUGCUCCGGGAGGACGAAGAAGGCGGUAGAGGAAAUUCAGGUCAUACCGCGUGCACGUCUGACAGGUCUUAUAUCAAAGAUCUACUGCAGCUCUCAGCAGCGAUGGAUCGAGUGCGGUCAGCUUUUAACGGCGUGAUGAGAAGCGAGCGGUACAGCAGGUUCACCCUGCAGCCGAGUGAAAACGGAGAGCGGCACGCUGAGGUCAAGCUGUCUGAGGACGAUGUCGUGGAGGAGCACGACUCGCCGAGCUUCAGGCUGGCGCCUCCGCAGCAGAACCGCCGGUCGCUCAUCUUCCUGGUCCUGGCCGCCAUGCUGCUUCUUCUUUUCGGCUUCAUUGUUGGCUACGCCACGUCCAGCAAACAUCAGGCAGAGCCGCCGGUCUGUAAUCAAACGACGCAAAGCUCGGAAACCGCGAGGACUCCAGCCCCCACAAAGGUUCAGCCUGCAGACGUGCCGCCUCAGCUGAGCUGGAAGGAUCUGACCAAAGCUCUUGCAGACCAACUCACCAAGGAAACUCUGCAGAAGACUCUCGGAACCUUGGACCUGAAGAGCCGCUCUGCCGGGAGCGUCGAGGACAUCAGCCUGGGGAACCGGAUCUUUGAGCAGUUCGCAGCGCUGCAGAUGAAUCCGUGGACAGACGUUCACUACGUUCAGCUGCAGAAACCCGACCGCACUCGUCCAAACCAAGUUCUGUUUGGUUCUGAGGUCUUCAAGCCCAGAGGGUUUUUAGCGUACAGCGCCACGGGCAGAGCUCAGGGCCGGCUGGUCUACGCUAACUACGGCCGUCAGACGGAUCUGGACUUGGUGGAGAAGAUCGUGGAGCUGAACGGCUCUGUGCUGCUGAUCCGAGCCGGGAACUUCAGCUUUGCAGAGCAGGUGGAAAAUGCUGCCAGCAGAGGAGCGUCUGCGGUUCUGAUCUACCCAGAUGUAGAAGAUUUCAAUCUGAACGACGACGUCGAACUCUACGGACACGUUCACCUGGGCUCAGGAGAUCCCUACACUCCAGGAUUUCCCUCCUUCAACCACACCCAGUUCUCCCCAACCCGAUCCUCUGGCCUCCCCAAGAUCCUGGCACAGACUAUUCCUGCCAAAACGGCCAAAUCUCUUUUUAAACAAAUCGGCGGUCCAGUAGCGAGCGCCGGCUUCAAAGGCAAAUUCACGUCUGUGACCUACAGCCUGGGGGGCGUCCAGAACAUCACCGUGGAGGUGAACAACCAGCUGGUCAACACGGAGAUCCACAACAUUUUCGGCGUGAUUAAAGGAUUCAGCGAUCCCGAUCGGUUUGUUGUACUGGGGGCGCAGAGGGACGCCUGGGGGCCGGGCUACGCCAAAGCCACCGUCGGUUCCUCGGUCCUAUUGGAGCUGGCCAAAGCGUUCAACGCCAUGGUGGAGACGGGAGGAUUCCGGCCCAGGAGGAGCAUCAUGUUUGCAAGCUGGAGUGGUGGAGAAUAUGGAAGCAUUGGCGCCACCGAGUGGCUGGAGGGUUACAUGUCGUCUCUUGAUAAAAAGGCCUUCACCUACAUCAGCCUGGACGGGAUGGUCAUGGGUCGCGGGAGUUUGAUCGCCUCUGCCAGCCCGCUGCUCCACAGCCUGAUGGAGGACACCAUGAAGGAGGUUGAAGCUUCUAAGUUCAUCGCUUCCGGAACGUUGUAUGAUGUGAUGGGAGGAGCUCGCUGGGAGGAGAAGGUGAUGAGGCCGAUGGCUGUGGACGACCCGGCUUAUCCAUUCAUGGCGUUCUCUGGAAUUCCCUCCGUCUCCUUCCACUUCAUCACCAACGAUGCUGAGUACUACGCUUACUACGGAACUUUACUGGACAACAAAGACCACCUGAACUACCAAACCAACCAGCACACGAGUGAGAUCGCGGCCAUGGCGGCGCGGUUCGCCGGUCAGAUGGCUCUCCGGCUGGUCCACGACCACCUGCUGAGUCUGGACGUGAGCAGAUACGUUGGCGUGCUCACCCGAGACGUGUCCCGUGUCUACAAGCGCGUCCGAACGCUCUCGCAGAGCGGCACUCUGAACGGUGUCAGUCCGGAUUGGCUGAGCCGAGCACAAGGCUCCUUCCAGCGAGCAGCUGAGAGCAUCCGCAGCGCCGUCCAGAACACAGACGUGACGGAUCCGGAGGGCUGCCGGAUCUUGAACGACAGGAUCAUGACGGUGGAGCAUUGCCUCCUCUCUCCAUACUUGUCCCCCGUCGAGACUCCCUUCCGGCACCUCGUCUUCGGCCGGGGUAACCACACUUUGGCGUCCAUGGCGGCGUCCACAGACAUGGAGGCGCUCCGUACCCGUCUGGCUCUGGCCACCUGGAACCUGCAGUCGUGCUCCAACGCCAUGAUGGGAAACAUCUGGGAGCUGGAUAACCAAAUCUGAGGCUGAAAACGGCAGCUUUUCUUGUGGGUUUGUCAAAUGUUUCUUCAGCUGAAGACCUUCACCUUUCAGGUGGCCUUUGAUCUUCAUCAAACACUGGUUAUCGCUCCUCAAACCCACAAAAAACCUCCAGGCUCGCCCUUUAAACCCAAAGCAUAUCUUCGUUUCAAUAAGGUCCAGGUGGAAAAGCACCUGAAAACUGUGAAGUCUCAGCCAAAUACUUGAAAAAGUGAAAACUGCUGUCUGCCUCGUCCUGACCCCGCCCCUUCACUGUGACCUCCUGACCUUAUUUAAACUUUUUUUUUUUUUGCCUUAUCAGCAGCAGCGCCUGCUAUAAGCUUAUGUUGUCUUUUUAUACGACGUUAUCGGAAGCAGUGCCUUCCAUAAUUAUGACGGUUAUACUGUCGAAAGCUGCGGCAGCAUCUGCUGCAGACCGCCUCCGGGAGAACCGCCGCCAACUUGACUGGUUCUGAAGCGUUCGUUGGAGCGCUUCUUCUCAGGGCGACGUUAUCGGGAGCAGUGCCUUCCAAACGGGUCAACGCUGCCACAUUUUGCGGUUUUGUUUUUUGUACAUGUGUAUUUAUCGAGAGCAGUGUCUCUCAUAUUUCACUGAAAGGUGGAACGACUUAUCGGGAACAGUGUUUCCCAGAGUUUUAUACUUUUAUAUAUUUAUUUAUUUUGGCGUGUGAUCCCGCGGCGUCCGAGCCGCCAUUUUCCUUUUCGUCA